GCCUCCGCCAGCAACGCUCAAGCGUCACUUGACAACAUGGCACUUGCUGACCAUCAUCAGACUCCGUCGGCGGCGGUGGCGGCGGCUCGGCCUGGCAUCGGCAUCAAGUUUGUUCUUGCUGGGUGCGCCAACUUGAGUGCCGCGUUCAUCACAAACCCCAUUGACGUGCUCAAGACGCGUAUGCAGCUGGAAGGGGAGCUCCCGCCGAAUGCCCCACGGCGGUACAGCGGGUUCGUUGCAGGCGGCCACACGAUUCUACGAACAGAAGGAUGGCGCGGGUUCUACAAAGGCCUUACUGCAUCCUUGAUGCGCGACGGGUUUUACUCGGGCAUUCGUCUCGGCGCGUACGAGCCCGUGAAGGAACUCCUCGGUGCCACGGAUCCGUCGUCCACACCGCUCUACAUGAAAAUCACGGCGGGCGCCAUCACGGGAUCGUUCGGAAGCGCGCUGGCGAACCCCACCGACUUGAUCAAAGUGCGCAUGCAAGGCGAAGGCAACCGGUACUCGUCGACGCGGCAGGCCUUUCUCGACAUCUGGACACACGAAGGCGUGAAAGGGCUUUGGAAAGGCGUCGGACCGACCGUGAAACGCGCGGCAUUGCUCACGGCGACCCAAAUCCCGAGUUAUGACCAUUCCAAGCACUUGCUCAUCAACCACAACGUAUUGGAAGAAGGCGUGGUGCUCCAUUUUGUGUGCAGCAUGUUUGCCGGCUUCAUGGCGGCCACCGUCACGUCGCCAGUCGACGUGAUCAAGACGCGCAUCAUGCACCAGUCGACCGCCAUGUACACCGGGUCGAUCGACGCAUUUCAAAAGAUCGUCCGGCGCGAGGGCUUUGGCGGGCUGUACAAAGGAUGGUUCCCCAAUUGGAUGCGCAUCGGGCCCCACACCAUGAUCACUCUCAUGAUCUUCGAAGAGCUGCGCAAGCUCGCGGGCCUUCCACCCGUGUAGGUCGUGCGGGUUUGUCAUGAUCGUCCACGACAAUUGUCGGAAAUUUCGGAAUUUAUACCCCGUUUUCGCCAAAAAUUCCCGAAAAAUCGUCCGC